UUUUGUAUUGGUUUCUCCCUCCCAGCCCAUAUCCCGUGGUAGUGCGUGUUUACAUAGAAUCAGUGGAUUUUUCGAUACUUUGUCCAAAAGUUCCCAAUAACUGAACAGAUAAAAGUCUCCCGCCAUGGCCAUACCCAGGAUAAUGGUCUUCCGGCCUACCUGGGAAGAGUUCCAGGACUUUUCCGGGUACAUCGAUUACAUGGAAUCGAAGGGCGCCCAUAAGGCUGGCCUCGUCAAGGUGAUUCCUCCUCCUGAAUGGAUACCCCGCAAGCAGGGUUACGAUUUGAAGAACAUCAAUGUCACCAUUCGGACCCCGAUAUCGCAAGUGGUUUCCGGCAUGCAGGGACUUUACCAGCAACUCAACAUCCAGAAGCGAUCCAUGACCGUGCAGGAGUUUUACGAUAAAACCCGCCAGGAGCGGCACGCCACACCGAAACAUUUCGAUUAUGAGGAUUUGGAGAAGAAGUUCUGGAAGAAUGUGACGUACGUGGCACCGAUCUACGGAGCGGAUGUUCCCGGAAGUAUCACCGACUCGGAUGUUAAAGUCUGGAACAUUAACAGUUUGGGAACGAUACUGGAUUACGUCAAUACGGAUUACAACAUAUCGAUUGCCGGAGUGAAUACCGCUUACUUGUACUUCGGAAUGUGGAAGACUACUUUUGCUUGGCACACAGAGGACAUGGAUUUGUACUCGAUCAACUUCCUGCACUUUGGAGCACCGAAGACAUGGUACGCGAUUCCACCUGAGCAUGGCAAAAAGCUGGAACGUUUGGCGGAACGCUUUUUCCCGGCCAAUCACCAGGAAUGCAAAGCCUUCCUACGUCACAAAAUGACCCUGAUCAGCACACAGGUUCUGAAGCAGAAUGGAAUACCGUUCAACAAAAUUACACAAGAACCCGGAGAAAUUAUGAUCACUUUCCCCUAUGGUUACCACGCUGGGUUCAAUCACGGCUUCAACUGUGCCGAAUCGACCAACUUUGCCACCGAGCGGUGGAUCGAGUACGGAAAGCGGGCUUCCGUGUGCAACUGCCGGCCGGAUAUGGUCAAAAUCUCGAUGGAUACCUUUGUACGAAGAUUUCAGCCCGAGGUGUAUGAGAAGUGGCUCCGCGGGGAGGACUAUGGUUAUCAUCCGGAGGAUCCGAACACAUAUUGCGCUUCCCCCAAACCGAGGGUUCUACCCAAGAAGAUGCAAGAACAUCUUCAGAUGCAUGUUCAAAAACGGGGAUGCGCUCCGCUCAAAGUGGAUAAAAAGAAACCUUGCAAAAAGACAGAAAAGCCGAAGGAGAAGCUGAAGUCCAUCUGGAGCAAACUGGAAGGCAAAGAAGGUGGAAUGGCCACCAAUCUGCUGCUCGAUGGGCCAGUCAAAAACACCAACCGUAUUCGCUUUCAGACGAAGACCAUAAAUCUGCUGGAUGAUUGAUCGUUGGUGGUGCCCAAGGCGGCUUCACCGUCGCCGUUACCUUGAUCCGGAAUUUAAACAGGAGCGUGCAAUCCGUUUUACUUCGAUUUGCUAGUUUUAGGUAGUUAGAAUUGAUCGUCAAUCGCACACCCAAGCUAGACAUAUGCCGUUGUGCGACUCGUGGUAGGUAUUUGUUAACUUUUAUUUCAACGGUCUUUCCUCGUUAGAACAUUGUGCGACGAUAUGCCAUAAGCUCUGUAUGGUAGAUCUCAUUUUGUUUAGUUUGUAUUUUAGAGUGUAGUCUAUGGAUAUAAUACCUGAACAUUGUGAAAUAACGAGUGAAUUUUAACGCGUUUAUGUAAGUAAUUGAUAUAUGAUAGUAAUAUAUUAUGAAUGGAUAUUUCCCUCUGCCCUAGA